GCGUCACCUAGUCGGCAACACUGUCACUGGAGCGUUGAAAAAGUGCAGCGACUCUUUCGGGUUCGGCUAAACAGAAAAGUGUCUUGUUUUUCGCUAAAAUCCGGACAAAAACCGGUGAAAAUCGAAGCAAAUCGAUACGACGCGGCUGCUUACCCGUUAUACUAUCCGGAUUGAGUGCGCGCGGGUGUGAAUAGUGCCGAAAACUAGCCGGAAAAAGUUGGGAUUCGAUUGGGCCAUCUUCCAUCUUUGGGACGACGACGAACGAUAGAGAACCGUGAAAUAUAUUCCGAGUUUUUUUUUCCUCCAGUUUCUCCUGAUCCAGCAUACGCUUUCUGUAUGCUGCUGUGCUGAGCAAGGGCUAUAGAAAGGUGGCCACCUCAACGCGAGGGGGAGUGUGUGUGUUUGUUGAAAAGAUAGCUGGUCGAAAAGGACGGGACGCACACCGGGUACGCCAUCGCGUGUGAAGGAGAGGAACUCUGCGCGCGGCUUUUGCCAGAAGAAAAGAAGGCAUCGUUGUCGUGAUCCGGGGGAAUCGACCACCGUCGAACGGCACUUUGGAAGGAGCUAGAACAAGGGAAAAUCCGCGACAGGGAACGUUUUGUGUGUUGAAGCUCAAUUUCUGCUUAGUAGCGGGACCGGUCAAGGGAAAAAGAAACCGGAUAGGAACCAGCUAAGAUGGACACGGAGCCGAGUUUGGCCGAGAACGCCGUCACCGAUAAUGGUGCAACAUCUGGCGAAACUGUUGAUCCGGCCAUUCUAAAGGAGAAAGUGGCGGAAGUUGAUGUUGCAUCCCUGAAAGGUGGUGGAGAUGAAAAGGAUACGCCGGCAGCUGAUGCAAUCCCUGCUCCCGCUACCGAAGACUCCGUCCCAAUCGAGAAGGACGAUCUGUUGGAGCGGCUGGAUAAAAUUGAAACAUCCGCUUCGACGGAAGGUAAACCUCCGGCUCAGGACAGCGACUUGGAAAACGACGAUCUCAUUCAGCGAUUAGAAGCCAUGGAAAAGGAUGAAGAAGCUGCCGAUAAGAAAGAAGAAGCUGCUACCAAUCACCAGAACGGUCUGGACAAAUCUGAUGAAGUGGAGGCAGCACCAGCUGCAGAUGAAAAAGCUACCGAAGAAGUGAAACCGCCGGUAGAGGAAGAAAAAAUGGAGGUCGAUGCAACCGAUGUCGCAGAAAAGAAAGAAGAACAGCCGGCUUCCGAAACUCCAGAAUCAACUGCUAAUGGAUCUGCGGUUCACGAACCGGAAGAACAAUCAACUGGAUCUGUGAAACGAAGACAUUCAGAGGACCAAGAUGCGGAACCAUCGAGUAAGAAAGUCCAUGUCGACGAGACAGACGACGCCGAGCUGAAAACCGAUAUCGAAAAGCAAACCGAAGAAGUUCCAGGUACUGAUGCCUCAGAAUCUCUUUCUAAAAACGAAGAAACGCCACCGGAACCUCCCGCCGAAGAAGAGAAGGUAAAAGAGGCAGAACCAACACCUGUUCCUGAGCCGGAAAAAGAGACUGUUGAUGAGGUCAAAUCGGCAGAACCGGAAUCCGGACCAGUUGAUGAACAAAAGGUUGAAACCUCGGCUCCGACUCCGGAAAAGGAUGAGGAACCCAAACCUGAUUGUGUGGAAGAAUCUAAGGAAAAGAUGGAAGAAGCCGUUCAGGAAUCAGCCGUAGAAGAGGCGGCUUCCUCGGGCACGGUGGAAGAAGGUUCGAAGAUACCUGAAUCUGAGUCAAAGGAGUCAGUUCCAGAGCCCUUGCCAGACACUGAGCCUAACACUGAAACCGAUUCUUGUAGUCAGGAAGAAGAGCAACCUUCGUCCUCAAUUCCUACCGCGGUUGAAAGUAAACCUGACGCUACAAUAAGCUCUUCUUCGGAGGAACCAGCUGCGGUAGAAAAUCCGGUAGAAUCUGCUGAAACUGUAACUAGUUCGGAUGAAAAACCAUUAGGUGAAGGAGAGGAAUCGUCCGCGGAAGUUGACUCGACACCUGUGGAUCCAACGCCCGCAGCGGUUGAGGAAGCUAUGGAAGUGGAUAGUGAAUCUGUUGCAGAAGAAUCCUCGAAGCCGGAAGUUGUAGAAGAACCUUGCACAACAAAAGAAGCCUUCGAAUGCACCAAUCAAGAGAAGGAAAACCAGGAAUCUACCCCCAAGGAAACACCAGCGGAGGAACCUGUCCAGGAAAAAGUUGACGAAAAACAAGUUCCAGAAGAGGACCAAGAAGCUAUGGAGGUUGACUCGGCUGCUCCGACACAAAGUAAGCAGGUAGAUGCCGACGUUACAGAAAGUAUGAAUACCACCAGCGAAGAACUUAUCGAAUCUCUGACCAAGGAUGAAACGGAUGCUGUUGCGGACAGUCAAAGUGAAGCAAACUCUGCUCUCAACAAGAACCUGGAAUCCACGGCUGCCGAUGAUUCUAAAGCGGAAGAAUCGAAAGUUCUGGAUGACAGUAUUGAAUGCUCGCUCCCUACUUCAAGCUCCGAUAAAUUGACCGACAAAUUGAAACAACGAUUGGAUCUUAUUUCCAACGGAAGCAGCACCCCUACGUCGAAUACCGGUACGGUGAGCUCUAGUAACGUGUACAAUUCUACACCCAUUCAGAAACAGUUCGAAAUUAGCUCCGAGAAUGUUAGCAAGAUCACCCGAUCUUCGGUAGACAACAGCCGGCAGGAAGACGACGAAGAGCACAGUGCGAUAGUGGCUGAUAAUUCCGUUGUUGAAGAGAAGGAAGCAGCUGUUGCGUCGACUUCAACCGUUUCGACUGCUGAACCAGCUGGCAAAAAGGAACCGGAGGUAGCUGCUAGUGAAACUUCCGGUAUCACCACCAAGGAUGAAAGCAGCUUGAAAACAGAAUCUUCGGAAGUGGAUUCAUGCACAGCUUCUUCAGCCCUCAAUACUGCCGAUGAGAUCAACAUGUACGCCAGUAAUGCACGAAAAUUCAACGGUAUUUCAUCUACAUCGGGUUCGGAACUGGACGAUAAGUCGAUACCGAAUCCACCAGCUAGCAGCACCACUACUUCCGUGUCCACUCCAACAACCACUAUCGAUAAACUGGAUCUGACUCCGGCACUGACUUCUGAAGAAACUGUCUACGAGGUCAGCGUUUGGUUCGAAGGUGCUGAUUUGCAGUUCCUGUCGGUUGAGAAACAACAAGCGGGUAUAUCCGGAACCGUUGGUUCAACCCAAGACCUCACCAGUAUCGAUUCCUCGAAACAGUCCUCGAAUGGUAGUGUGGGUAGUUUGGGUCCAUUUUCACUGCCCCCUGCACGGCCGACUGCCGAUUCGGCCAUGUCACAGUCGAGCACAACGGAAAGUUCCUCCGGAGCUAGUCAGUUCAAACAGGUGCUUCCCAAAGUGAAACAAACUAUUCGAGGCGCAAGCGCCCUUGCCACUUUUAUGAUCGAAGAAUUCACGAAGAUCAAAAAAUUAUUGAACAAAGACGAAGAAGAACCAGCUACUCCAUACAAAACGCCCAAGACUUCGCGUGCUCCGAGCUCCACAACUAAAAAAUCUGCAACCAAAGGCCGAGGUCAGAAGCGUCCACACGAAGAUGAAGAGGAAUCUGUUGAGGAACCGGAGUCGAAGAAAUCUGCCAAACAGGUCAAGAAGAGCACUCCAAGCCCGAAAGUCGAAGUUAUCGAAAGGAGUGAGGACGAUCAGUGCUGCUUAGCCAGAUGGACGGAUCGAAAAUACUACGCUGGUCGAGUAACGAGUUACAAGGGCGAUAACAAGUACAUGGUAGUUUUCGAAGAUGGUGCCUCGAAGGCUCUGUCAAGGGACGUGAUCGUUUUCGGUGACAAGGAUACCUUACCGAUCGAAGGUCAUGCGAUACAUGCUCUGAGCCACGACGAUACCUAUGAACCAGCCAUUGUACGGGAGAUCAAGCGGAACGAAGAAACGUCAGAGGUUUUGUACGUAGUGGAAAUUGCGGAUGGUAAGACGCUGGAAGUGACCGCCUCGGACAUGUAUCUGACCGACGAACAGGCCAAAUACAUUAACAAGGCGUGCAAAGAAACAGAGGACGCUGCUGCUAUGGCUUCCCCAGGUGCUGCGGGUGGCAAGCCACGGACUCCACUCGCCACCCCCAACACUCCCGAUGAUGCGAGCGCCGAAAAGGGAUCCCGAUCCUCGAGAAGCCGACGAGGGGCUGAUAAACCACAAACCCCGGCCACGCCAGAGGCUGGUUACUCGGGCGGUGUCGGUAAGGCCAAGGGACGUCGUGGACGAAGCAAGGGCGCCCCGCAGCAACCGAUCAGCACUGCGUCCGAGGGAAGUGACGUUUCUGACAUAGUGGAAGAAGAAACUCCGGCACCACCUAGCCCGGAAACUGGCUUGGAGUUCGUCGACGGAGUACAACCCGAGCUGCAGCGCACUGAAAAGGAAUCGGAAAUUAAAAAAAUGUACCUGGUAGCGGAGUAUCUCGGUAAAGGUUUCAAUAACAACCAUGGCCUCGACGAAUUGCUUGGACCUCUGCCGGGUAGCAAAACUCUCUUUAGGAACAAACACUUCAUCCUGACCUGUACCAUUCCACCGAAAGGAUUUUCCAGUACGAUGGAAAAGGAUGAUCUGCGCAAUCGUUACCGCAAAUUUAGCUCGGCCCCGUUCGUCAAGGAACAUCUACGACAGCAAAUCGAAGCUGGCGGUGGCAAGGUGUACCAAUACUUCGAGGACAUUCCCAAAUCUAAGUACAAACAGUGCAAGCUGAUCGCACCGCAUCCCUGUGCAACGGCCAAGUACAUCCAGUGUCUCGCUGUGGAUAUUGUGGCGGUCACCCACGAAUGGAUAAUCGAGUGUUGUCAGACGCUCACACUGCUGGAUGCGAAACGGUACGCGCUUCCAAGUGGAUGGUCGUUGAUCGAGGAACGGUACAUCCGUUGGAACUGUGGUCGUGGCGUUGAGCAACGAUCGACCACAAACCCAUUCGUCGGGUGUUGUGUGAAUAUUGCCAGUCUGAACAAAGACUUUACUGAGUUUUGGAGCCGUACUUGUAAGAUGGCUGGCGCAACGGUGAGACUCAUCAAAUCGGACUCGGACCUGACGGAAAAUCUGACCGGGUACAUGCUGACCGAUCAGGAGUUUCCCGAGGAUAUCAAGCUGCGAGCCUCCCGGUAUGGACUGUCUAUUGUGUCAACGGUCUGGGUGGUACAAAGCCUCAUACUGGGUCGAAUCUGCCUGCCCGAAAGUCAUGAGAAACUAACUCAGAUCUACCAGGACGACGAUUACUAGCUCUUCCCUACUAGCUUCUAAGGCACAAGUUUACCAGUCGAACUUAUAUUUUAAUUUGUUGGUCCCCUAAGUAUCGCUUUGAAAAUGUUACUGUAAUAGCCCCUUUUCGAUUGUACCGUGUUUCCUAUUUUGUUAUGUUUCAAAAACUUAAUUCAGCGCCCUGUUUCUAGGAAUCUAGUUUUAGCAGCAUUUGUGCAAGUUCACUAU